GGGUACGUACCCAGCACAUCCCCCACGUCAUCUCAGAGGGAAGCUGACCUCAACCUCCCUGAAGAGCUAUCUCAAGCACCUCCCAUAGUUAAUGAAAAUUGUACCACCAACACCAUAAACCAUCUUCAACCAUCCACGCUCCUUUCUCACUCCGUCCAUCGCAGCAAUGGCUCCCGCCGCUACAAACUGUUACAGCGAGACCGCUCGUGACAACGCAUCAGGCUUCAUCGCCUACGCGCGGAGCUCCGUGGAUCGUGUUGUCCCGCCUAAUUCUCGACAGAAAGCUUACGACAAUACUGCUUCUUUUGCUUCAUCGCGACCUAUUCUCUUCUCCUUUAUUGUAUCACAACUUCUUCUUUCUUUCCUUCCUCUUCUAAUCUUCCUCACAUUCUCCCUGUCAACCAUCAUCUUUGUCCUCGGCGCAGCAAUCGUCUUUGCUCUUUUCUGGAUCGGCGUUGCCCUUCUUGUUCUCGUGCCUGCACUACUCGUCACUUCUUCCAUCGCCGUCCUCGUCUGGGGCUGGGCCAUUGGGAGCUUCAUCAUUGCACGGUGGCUGUACAACCAUUCACCUGUCGGAGUGCAGAACAAUGAGGUUGUGAAGAAGGAGAACGGCAAUUAGUUUUACGCCUACACCGUCUGCCAGCUUGGUAUUAGAAACAACAACUGGGAUCCUCAUGAUAUGUCUGCAUUUUAGGAUCCGUGUAUGGGUUAUGGAGGAUACCGGGAUGGACAAUAAAGCAUCGGUUUGGUAUGGAGUUUGUUUGUCCACUCAUCAAGGGUAAUGGAGGCGGGAUACAGCCCGUUCACAAAAAUUGCAGAAGCAUUACGCUGUUAACAUAUAACAUUACACUGAACAUCAAGUCCUAGGCCAUUGCCAACCUAAGCAAUAACCCUAGUACAAAACGUUCCGCUCAAAGUGGCUGUUAAACCUCUAUUUCUCAUUAAUAACCGAGAUCCAUCUACCUGUCCCAAUCGCUCAUGUACAAGUGCUUUACAGAUACAGACCCUCUGGCUCACCCUCCUGCUUUGUACGGAGUACUCUCUCACGCGCUGAUCGGAAGUCCGCCAUUUGCACCCGCAUUCGUCGUUCUCGGAGAGCGAGCAGACCAGCUUCGGAGCAGAUGGCCUUGAUGUCGGCACCUGAAAGGUCGUCCUUUUGGGAGAUGAAUUCCUCAAGGUCGACAUCAUCGUUGAGGUUCAUCUUUGAGGUGUGAAGUGUAAAGAUCUUGCGCUUAGUGUUCUGGUCGGGGU